CGCAAUAAUACCAGAUGGCUCGAUCUACUAAGAACUUUGGUUGAUUUUUUUUUUUUUCUUUUUUCACGGAUUUGGUCCAACAAAAUAGGUUUGUGCAAUUGGCACACGUUCCACAAAGUUAAGGCUGCAAUGGCACCUAUCCAGUUGGUCCUCAACUCGAGGAUUCAAGCAAAUUAACUUCGCUCAGCUCCAUACAAUGUUACUAUCCCGGUAUCACCAUUUCACCGUAAUAACAUCAGGCUCAGGGCAAGGUGCAGUUAAGGCCUAAGGGGUCUUUUCGUUUUCAAUAAAAGGGCUGUGUGUCCAAACAGAACAAAAAACACCAAAUAAGAACAAUGGGCAUCUUGAGCCUAAAGCUAGCUCAGGUGAGCAGGUAAGUAAGUUCAUUAAUGACAAACUCCCGUAACAAACAAGGCUUGGGGAUUUUGGUAUUUGAGUUGGGUCAGCCCAAUUCAAGGUCCAAUGGUUCUUUACUACAAGUUGCAGGCCUGAAUUAGCCAACAAAACAUGGGUCUCAAAGGCUUUGUUCAAGGCGGCGUAGCUUCUGUCGUAGCCGCUGUUCAACUCACCCUCUCGACCUCAUCAGAGUACGCAUGCAACUUCAAGGCCAAAAAACGACCUUCUCUCACCGGCGGAAUGCGAGCGGUGGUCAGCAACCCAGCUGAUGUGGCGAUGGUAGGCAUGCAACCCGACGGAAGACUCCCACAAACGCAACGCCGUAAUUACAAGAGCGUUUUUGAUGUUAUUACACGGAUUUCGAAGGCGGGUUCAUGCCUCACAGUGAAACGCCCAAUGAUCGUCACGGUUGUAAACAUACGAUCAGAUCAAGGAAGCGAUAUUUGAGAAUGGGGUCAUGGAAAAUGGGAUAGGGACAUAGGGGCACGCGUGGCAUCGAGCUUUGCAGGAGAGGGACAUAGGGGCGGUUGAUUUUGUAAUAAAGACGUUGAGAAGGGAAGUGUUUAGGGCGCUUUCUAAAUUGUUUUUUCGCCGACGUUUUGGAGGCAAGGGCCGUUUACGGUGGUUUUGUUUGGUAAAAGAAAAAGGCUCAAUCUAUGACUAGAGGUUCGAUCCUCGGCUCACCAUCAUCAGGCUUAUAUUAAUAUAAACCGAGAAAUCUUAAAUUAAACGUUGUAAUUGCAUUUUGCUUGCCCUUGCAAAAGCACGUGGAUACUAUACAAUCCUACUUGGUUUCUCUGACAACAAAAAUCAGUCACCAAGAUUUUGAAUUGUUCAGCUUACAUCUAAGACACACUAGUUGAUAUGUACAUCUUGAUUGAGGGAUAUCAACCUCUCCUCUCAGUAUGGGCAUCAAAAUCAGUCUCCUAGCACCUCUCUCUGGUAAACUUUCCCCGUAUUCAAAGCACCAUCAUCAGCCUAAGGGGAUUUAUAAACAAUGUUGCAUGCAGAAACAAUGAUUGAGAGAUCGCAUACGACCCAGUAUCAUCUG